AUGCCGAAAACUUCCAAGCAGCCCAGGCAGGUUCCACUCAAGACGGGGCCGUUCGCGCCAAUACUGCCCCGAACUCAGGGGCAGGCAAGCAUACCUCAGACUCAGAAAAUGCCACCGGAAACGAUCGCGGAGAGAAUCGCGCAAUUGGUCGCUCCGGGCUCCAUUGUCAGUGUUCCUUCCAACAUGGCUCUUGAAGAUGUCCUAGUGAUGGCAGUCAUGUCGGGCUCCAUUGCUAUCAUUCCUCACGACCCGGGUCUUGGUCGUCAUCCGGGUUUCGCACAUGAUGCCUUACAGAAUGUGGUUUUCAUGAAGCCCUCGGGAUAUGGGCCAACGUCAGAGGAACCGGGAGGGAUCAGGAACGACAACAGCACCGCUUCGUUUCCGAAUCAAAGUUUACCUGCUUGGAACGCUUCCAAUCCCUCUGCCUCAACGCAGAACAUGGAUACUAGCUUGGGCAGAGCGAUACCCAUGACUUCCGACACGUCCCCAAGCCGACCUUCCGGACGAAGGAUGGUCGCAGUCGAUCUUGGGGCUGACUUACCGACUGAGCCAUUUUGCGCUAUCCUCGACGGCAUGGCCAAAUACUCAUGCAUGACUGCGCGGGGUGUAGAUUGCCUAACGGAAAUUCAUCCCAACCUGGAAAUUCGACAGACGACUCCACCGCAGCGACAGGGCCAAGGGUAUCCAACCCCUGCUGGCAUCAUCGUCAACCCCCAGAGGUUUGUCGAGUUGACCAUGAAAGCCUUGAAUCCUGCAAUCCCACCGAUGUCUGUUGAUAUGCUCAUUUGGGAGGGCGACAGUCCGGUCGCUGACGUGGAGGUGUACCUGGGUUGGCAACUGUUCGAAAAGCUCCAGGCUCGGAAGACUCAACUGAAGGCCGGAGACGUCCGUCGGCAGACCACCGACUUCAGUGCGAUGGAUCGGCCCAUGGGACAGUACGAAAAUGCCGGAAUGUCAGGUACCGGUAAUCUUCCCACCGUUCUCCAAAGCGACCUGUCGCUCGCCGGAACCAAGAAUCCACCAGGCCCGGAAAUCGCCUCGUAUGGCAGGGUUUACGUCCCGUCUAAUACGUUAGGCUUCUUAUCUUCGGACGACGGUGGGCAAUUCUUCAACUCUUCGGAUCUCGAAAGUACCCAGUCGCCGAUGACUUCCCUCUUCUCCGAAGCACCUUGCUCUAUAACGACAUGUUCGAGCUUCGGUCCGAUUCUUGCCCCCGUGGACCCCUUGGCCGAACUCAUGAAGGAAUUUACCAAUGACGCCUUUGUAGGAUAUGACUGA